AUGCUACCGUCAUCGCAGGCCAAGGCUCACUGGGUCCCACUGCGCACCGAUCGAGAGGACAGGAUACGGGUAACACCGAGUCCCACGCAUCUUUCUUCCCAACAACGUCAGCCUCCCGGUUUGCCGACGCUGCCCCAGAGGGCCUCCUCCCAUCAAAUUCUUUCCAUUCAGAGCCCGGCGGCCGUCCAGAGCGGUUCGCUCUGGCGGGACCCAUGCAUCGGAGGCACACUGGCGGGCAACUAUCGUGUAGGAGACUACAAUGUCGAUUACUCUACCCAGGAUUCGCAUCCGGGCGAGCAGAACCAGCAGCAGCACGCAUACGAGACGCCUACGCACCACCAACCGCAUCAGGCCACACUCCACCAUCAAAGGGCGCCGCCUAGCGGGCUCCAUGACCCUCCCGAGCAGCACCCGCCGACUCACCAUCCUCACCACCCCGUCAUGUCGCAACAUCACCCUCACCAUCCGCACCAGGUGCUGAUGGAUCCUUCCCACAUGAGCCAUCCGAGGCACCCCUUAGGUCCUCCGCACUUUGGUGCGCCGGGCCCGGUGGUGGCGCCUCUCUAUCCGUCCAUGUCGACACCAACCCAGCCGACACACCCCUCUCACGGAGCCGGCGUGAAGCGGCCGCGACCCGACGAUCUCGACCUCUCGGUUCCCGGCAUCACAGACUUGGAGCAGCCCGACUUAGAUGGGAUGCCGCAGGGCCCUAUGGGAGCCUAUGCGGCGGCUGCUCAUCAGCAGCAACAGCAACAGCAGCAGCAGCAGCAGCAGCCUCCGGGGGCGCCUCCCACACAUCACCACCACAGAUUGCCAGACACCGGCCCACCGACAAAGAUGAUGAGGCGCGAUGGCGAAGGCGGAGGAGGAGCCCCGAGCAUGGUCGGUCAGGCCGGCAUGCCGGCACCAGCCCCGCGACCGCGAGGGCCAAAGCUUAAAUUCACACCCGAAGAUGAUCAACUCCUAAUCGACCUCAAAGAGAACAAGAGUUUAACUUGGAAGCAAAUCGCGGAUUUCUUCCCUGGCAGGUCUUCAGGCACUCUCCAGGUUCGGUACUGCACCAAGCUCAAGGCGAAGACAACCCAGUGGACCGAAGAAACUGAUCAAAAACUACGAUCGGCGCUCCAAGACUACGAGAACGAGAAAUGGCGCAUAGUUGCGAACAAGGUCGGGACAGGGUUCACUCCUGUCGCGUGCCGAGAAAGGGCAGCCCAACUGAUGGGAGAGAGCUUAUAG